AUGCCAGGCCAUCACGAAUCCUUCACCCCCACAGACCCUAACUUCUCUCCCCACUUCCCUCCCGCGCACACCCCCACCGGCGUCAACUCACCAGCGAUCACCGCCACUGGCGGAAACUUCCCCUCACCUGCAAGCCACCCAGCCAUGGCCCUGCGCCCGGGAACCGGGCCUGCGGGGUACAGGCUGGGCGGGUCCGCGGGUGCGGGCGGUCCCCCUGCUCCGGCGCUAGUAGCGGCGAUGCAGAACAUGAGUCUGGGGAGUCCUGCCAUGGGCCCGGCGCAUGCUCCUGGGGGGGGGAGCAGACCCGGAGGGUUUGGGCCGGCGAGUGCUCGAGGCAGCAGCAGCGGCGGCGGCGGCGGCGGCGGGGGCGGCGGGUUUGGGGGCGCUGGAGGGUUUUCUGGGCCUGGAACUCCCGGGGGGCCUGGUGCUGAGGGUGUUAACGCCCAGACCCAGUGGCAAUCGGGAGGAGGCGGGGGAGGAGGGGGAGGGGGAAUGGUAGGGGGAGGGGGGGGAGGGGGAAUGGUAGGGGGAGGGGGGGGGAGGGGGAAUGACCCCCGUUUCAAGCCCAAGAAGAUCCAAUCCGGAGGGCACACGUGGGAGAUGUUUUCCGGGCCCAGCAUGAACAUCCUGAGGCGGGAGGACGAUGCGGAUCUCACUCCGAACGAGCUCGCCACGCUCGUCGCCGCGCCCGUGCGCCCCACCGGCCGCCACAGGCGCUCCAGGUCUGCCAUGCCCGUGCAGGCGCAGCUGGCGCAGCUGCGCCCGCCCUCCACGCCCGAGGGGCGCGUGCCUGGCGCGCUUAGGGCGGUGGCCGCGCUCGGCGCAGGCGGAGGCGCAGCGGGCGCGGCAGGGGGCAUGACGGGCGGGGGGAUUGGCGCAGGUUCAGGCGUGGGUAUUGUCGCAGGGGCGGGAAUAGGCGGGGGGAUGGGCGGAAACAUGGGCGCGGGGAUGGGCGCAGAGACUUUCGUGGUGGACUCGGAGCAGGAAGGGCAACAGCAGGAGGAGGAGGAAGUGCCGGAGGUGGCGCCGUGGGAUACGGGCAAUUCCGGCCAAACCCACCAGUCAGAAUCCCUGCUCGUGACAACGGAAGAGCCCGGUACAGCAAGUGGUGCCAACGGCAGCAGCAGCAUGGGUAGGCCUGUGGUUCCGGGUGGAAUGCGAGCGGUUGGCAGUAGCAGUAGCGCCGGACUCAACCCGCCCUUUGAUGGUGCUGCAGACGCUGGGGCUGGGGGUUUUGCUGGUGGUGGAGAUGCUGGUGGUGGUGGUGGUUACAGCAUACCAGGUGGUAACAUGGUUAGUGGUAACGUGCAUGGCCUCCCUGCACGUGCGUCCACGGCAGGAGGUCGGCCCAGUGCACCCGUAGGCAUGUCUGGGCCUGGCUCUACCUUUGGCCCUGUGCCUGGCGGUGGGGGUGCGGGUGGGGGUGGGCCGCCUGGCAAUCGUCCUGACUUGAGGCAAGCGGGCCGGGCGUCUAGCUUUGUGGAGCAGACACACCACCAGCAACAGCAACAGCAACAGCAACAGCAGCAGCAACAGCAACAGCAACAGCAGCAGCAACAGCAACAGCAACAGCAGCAGCAACAGCAACAGCAACAGCAGCAGUAUCAGCAGCAGCACGGCCAGCAGGGGCAGCAGGGGCAGGUGUUUUCCCCUGCUGCUCGCCCCAGCGUUCCAGUCAGAGGGGCAAGCUUUGGUGCUGGUGGUGCUGGUGGUCUUCCCAGGCCGGGAUCCGGCCAUGGGAGCAUGGGGAUGGGGCAAGGCCGACCCAGCAGUCCCCUGGUUCUGCGGCAGGGACAACAGCAGCAGCAGCAGCAGCAGCAUCAGCCACAGCAGCAGCACCCGCAGCAGCAGCAGCAGCAGUUUGCACCGAGUCCCAGAAUGGGGCCUGGUGGGCCGGGAGGUGCAGGGCGAGGCGGGGCAGGCAUGGCAGCAGGCGGGGGCAACAACAUGGGCAUGCGGAUGGGGCCAGGGGCGGGGAUGGGGGGAAUGGGGAUGGGGGGGAUGGGGACGGGUCCCCCCCCUGGCAGUCCCUCCGGGGGAGGGCGAGUAGGGGCGGGGUUGGCUGGUGCAGGGCGGGGGGGAUUGCCAAAUAGCCCAGGGGGAGGCGGAAUGGGGGGGAGGGGGGGAGGAAUGGGGGGUGACGGGGGAGGGGGAGGCGGAGGGCGCGGGAGAGGGGGAGGGGCGGGCAUGGGGGGACCUGGGAUGAAUUCGGGGUACCAGAUGGGGGGAAUGGGGCAUAGCCCGUUGGGAGGGACGGGACAGGGGAGAGGGGGGAUGGGAGGACCAGGAGGGAUGGGGGGAGCAGGAGGAGGAAUGGCAGGCAUGGGGGGGAUGGGGGGAACGGGGGGGAUGGGGGGGAUGGGUGCGCCUAUGACUCCUGGCGCAGGGCACGUGGGCAUGGGAAGGGGAGGGGCGGGAAGCAUGGGGGGACCCCCCAGACCUGUGUCUGCUGGCGGUAAGAUGAUGUCGGGGGGCGGAGGGGGGAUGGGCGGCGGAAUGGGUGGGGGCAUGGGCGGAGGAAUGGGUGGGGGAGGAGGGAGAGGAAGAGGACCACCACGAGGUGGGGGUAUGGGGGGAGGGAUGUUCAUGGGAGGGAGAGGAGGGGCCCCUGGGAGGGGAGGUGGAAUGGGGCGAGGAGGAGGAGCAGCAGCAGGAGGAGCAGUAGGAGCAGUAGGAGGAGGAGGUGGAGGGGGGUUGGGUACGGUGUUAGGAAGGCCGUACGUGGAUGUGAAUGAGUAUUAUAUGCUGGAGGGGGGCGAGGUGGGGAGGGGGCGCGUGGGCAGCAUUCGUGUGUGCGUGGCUCGCGAUACGGGCGAGCAGUUUGCAUGCAAGACAAUCGCCAAGGACAGACUACAGUGCGAGGAGGAGGUGGAGGACGUGCGCAAGGAGGUGGCGGUGAUGGAGAGGCUGAGGGACCACCCACAUGCCGUGCAGCUCGUGGCCACGUUCGAGGACGCUCAGAGCGUGCACCUGGUGAUGGAGCUGUGUUCGGGCGGCGAGCUGUGGGAGCGCAUCAAGCAGCGGCGGUGGUACGACGAGGGCAGUGCGGCAGCGGUGCUGCGUGUGGUGGUGGAGCUGCUGCGCGACUGCCAUGCCAUCGGGGUCAUGCACCGCGACCUCAAGCCCGAGAACAUCCUGCUCUGCACCGAGGAGAACGAUGUUGAUGUGAAGAUCAUCGACUUUGGCGUCGCCGUGUUCUUCAAACCUGGCGAUGUGUACUCGGACAUCGUAGGCAGCCCGCUCUACAUCGCGCCUGAGGUUCUGCACGAGGCGUAUGGGCCAGAGUCGGACAUCUGGAGCGCAGGAGUGAUUCUCUACGUGCUGCUAGCGGGCGUGCCUCCCUUCCGCGGGGACAGCGACGAGGGUGUGUUCCAGGCGAUUCUGGAGCAGGAGCCGGACCUGCAGCGCGGCCCCUGGCCUGAUGUUUCCGACGAGGCCAAGGAUUUGGUGCUUCACAUGCUGACAAAGGACCCCGCCCUGCGGAUCACGGCUGAUGAUGUUCUUGGUGAGUGUUGGUGUGCAGGUUGA